CAAUUGUAAAGGCUAAAUAUUUUGAUAAGCCGAUAUCAGAGAAGUACAAGUAGUCGAAAUGCCGGGUGGCAGCAGUGGUAAUGACAAUGUGCGAGUGGUGGUGCGAUGUCGUCCUCUCAACUCCAAGGAGACGGGCCAAGGGUUCAAGUCUGUGGUCAAAAUGGAUGAGAUGAGGGGUACCGUACAGGUCACAAACCCCAACGCACCCAGCGGGGAGCCUCCAAAGUCGUUCACCUUUGACACAGUGUUUGCGCCCGGUGCCAAGCAGACUGAUGUCUACAACCAGACGGCGAGACCCAUCGUAGAUGCUAUCAUUGAGGGGUACAAUGGGACUAUAUUUGCCUACGGUCAGACAGGUACAGGAAAGACAUUCACCAUGGAAGGAGUACGAUCUCAACCAGAACUCAGGGGCAUCAUUCCCAACUCAUUCGCUCACAUUUUUGGACACAUAGCUAAAGAGCAGGAAAAUGUCAGGUUCCUAGUUAGGGUGUCAUAUUUGGAGAUCUACAAUGAAGAAGUGAAGGAUUUAUUAGGCAAAGACCAGCAGCAUAGAUUAGAGGUCAAAGAGCGGCCGGAUGUUGGUGUCUAUGUCAAAGACCUUUCUGCAUUCGUUGUCAAUAACGCAGAUGAUAUGGACAGGAUAAUGACUCUAGGAAACAAAAACAGAUCUGUGGGGGCGACAAACAUGAAUGAAUCAAGUUCUCGUUCCCAUGCCAUUUUCACCAUUACGUUGGAAAGGAGUGACAUGGGUCUGGAUAAAGAACAGCAUGUCAGGGUCGGAAAGCUACACAUGGUGGAUCUUGCAGGUUCUGAGAGACAGACCAAGACCGGUGCGACUGGACAACGUCUCAAGGAGGCCACCAAGAUCAACCUGUCCCUGUCCACCCUGGGUAAUGUCAUCUCAUCCCUGGUGGAUGGUAAGAGCACUCACAUCCCCUACAGAAACUCCAAGCUCACCAGGCUCCUGCAGGACUCCCUCGGAGGCAACGCAAAGACAGUCAUGUGUGCCAACAUUGGACCAGCAGAGUAUAACUACGAUGAGACAAUUAGCACACUGAGGUAUGCCAACCGAGCCAAGAACAUCAAGAACAAGGCCAAGAUCAAUGAAGACCCCAAGGAUGCACUCUUGAGAGAGUUCCAGAAAGAAAUUGAAGAAUUAAAGAAACAGAUCUCAGAAUCUGGAGAAGGUCUAGACGAUGACGAGGAGAGUGGCUCAGAGGAGAGCGGAGAUGAAGAAGCGGGAGAAGGAGGGGUAAAGAAGAAAAGAAAGGGCAAAAAGGGUAAGAGAAAGUUAUCUCCUGAGAUCAUGGCCGCCAUGCAGAAGAAGAUCGAUGAAGAGAAGAAAGCGCUGGAAGAAAAGAAAGAUAUGGUAGAGGAAGAUCGGAACACGGUACACAGGGAGCUUCAAAGAAGAGAGAGUGAACUUCACAAGGCACAGGAUGACCAGAAGAUCUUGAACGAGAAGCUCAACGCCAUCCAAAAGAAGCUUAUCGUGGGCGGGGUGGAUCUCCUGGCCAAGUCGGAGGAGCAGGAGCAGCUCCUGGAGCAGUCUGCCCUGGAGAUGAAGGAGCGCAUGGCCAAGCAGGAGUCCAUGAGGAAGAUGAUGGAGGAGAGGGAGCAGGAGAGGAUGGAUAUCGAGGAGAAGUACAGCAGUCUCCAGGAUGAGGCCCACGGUAAGACCAAGAAACUCAAGAAGGUCUGGACCAUGCUCAUGCAGGCCAAGUCAGAGGUGGCUGACAUGCAGGCAGAACACCAGAGAGAGAUGGAAGCAUUGCUGGAGAAUGUGAGAGAGCUGAGCCGAGAGCUCCGGCUAUCCAUGCUCAUCAUUGAUAGCUUCAUACCACAGGAGUUCCAGGAGAUGAUAGAGCAGUAUGUACACUGGAAUGAAGACAUAGGGGAAUGGCAACUGAAAUGUGUUGCAUACACCGGGAACAACAUGCGCAAGCAGACACCAGUAGCAGACAAGGACAAGAGCCUGGCCUACGGUGAGGCAGAUCUAUCAAACGUCUUCCUGACCUACAACCUAGAAGGGGGAGGUAUGAAGUACAAGCCAUCGCAGGGUAAAUCAGGAAGACCAAAGACAUCAUCAGGGAGACCAAAGACUGGAAAAAAGAAACAAGCAUCUAUGGCAAGCUCUAUUGAUGCAUUAUUACAAUAAAAGGUAAGCUCUCAAAAUCUAAUUUGUAUAUAUUUUCAAAUUAUUCAUACACCUUCAGGCAUUUGU